AUGUCGACCUCGACAGCCACCGCCACCGCCACCGUGGUCGCCACUGCGCCCGGCGCGGUGCCAUCUGAUCGACCCAACGAGGCCAUCGAGCUGCAGCCUCUUCCCUCGAUCCAGAGCUCCCACCGGCCGCACCGCGAUUCUGUCAACUACACCGGACCAGCCACCGGCAGCGAAGUCGACGCCGACGCCGACGCCGACGACGACGACGGUGGCGACCGCUCGGGCGCUGCGCCGGCCUCGGGUGGCCGCGACAUUGACCUGCGCGGCAUGACGCUGCUCGCCGUGCAGCACGCCUCGUCGUCGUGGGGCUACCGCUCCGCCGAGUUUGCCUACCCGCUCUACAUGGUCCGGCUCUUCACCAACACGCUGCUGCCGGCGUCGGUGUACGGCUUCAUCACGACGGGCGCGGCCAUCAUCUUUUCCAACGCCGUGGGCCGCUCCAUCGACCGGUACUCGCACACCAAGCUGCGCACCCUGCGCGCCUACAUCCUCGGCCAGAAGGUGCUGGUCGGCGCAUCCUAUGGCCUCUUUCUGCUCCUCUUCCUCGACACGGGCCUCAGCACCGCGGCCGAAAACGGCGGCAAGGGACCGGACGGCCGAGGACCGGGCAACGCCGCCCCGUGGACCGUGUUCGCGGCCAUCACGCUGCUGGGCUGCGGCGUGAUACUGUCCAACGUGGGCGUCAGCGUAGCCGUGGAGCGCGAGUGGGUGCAGAUCAUCUCGCGCGGCUCUGCGGCGCGCCUGACGCGGCUCAACGCCAUCAUGCGCCGCAUCGACCUCCUGACCAAGCUGCUCGCACCGCUCUUUGUCUCGCUCCUCACGACGACCAUCUCGUACCGCUACUCGGUCGUCGUCCUCGUCGCCAUCUGCGGCCUCUCGGCGGCGUUUGAGCUCGUCUUUGUCGGCAUCGUCUACAAGCGCUUCCCCGCGCUCGCCGAUGACGAGGCCAAGGUGGUCAAGCGGCGCAUCGAGCUCGGCAAGGCGGCGGCCUCGGGCGAGGAAGCUGCGGGACAGGCGCCGUCAGCAUCGGCAUCGGCGGCGGCCGCAGCCUCGCCCGCCACGCUUCUACGCAGGCUCCACCCGGCCUCGCUGGUCGUGGCGGUGCGCGACAGCUUCACGGAGCAGUACCGCGACUGGGCGACGUUUGUGCAGAUGCCCGUGUUUAUCACGUCGGUGUGCAUCAGCCUGCUCUACAUGAGCGUGCUGUCGUUUGACCCGACGUUUAUCGCCUACCUCAAGUCGGAGACCGACUACUCGGACGCCUUUGUCGCCGGAAUGCGGGCGGUGGGCGUGGCGUCGGGCCUGCUGGGCACGGUGGUGAUGCCGUGGAUGGAGAAGCGGAUCGGACUGGUGCGGACGGGAUCCUACUCGCUCUGGCAAGAGACGCUGUCGCUGGUGCCGGGCGUCGUGGCGCUCUUCAUCACUGGCGCCAAGAGGCCGUUCAGCAGCGGCAGCGCUGGCAGCAGCAGUGGUACGGCCGUCGACGACGGGUGGCGCCGCUACCGACCGCAGUGGAACACGGCGAUCCUGUUUAGCAGCCUCUCGAUUUCGCGCAUCGGGCUGUGGUCUUUUGAUCUGGCGCAGCUGGCGCUGCUCCAGACGGCGCUCUCGUCGGACCAGGUGCCGCCCUCGGUGGCCGAACGCAAGAAUGCGCUGAUGGCGCUGCAGUUUUCGCUGCAGAACGUCUUUGACCUGGGCCACUACGGCCUGACGCUGGGAUGGAACCGGCCGGACCAGUUCAAGUACGCGGCGGCCACGAGCCUGGGCGCGGUGGGCGCGGCGACGCUGCUCUACACGGUCGGGUACGCCCGUCGGAUCCGCGGGCAUCUGGUCCACUUUGACCGGCACGGCCUCGAGAGGUUGCUGCGCAAAAAGGGCCAGUAG